AUCCGAAAAGACGUUUGCAAAGAAAUGGUACAGUUCCUCGUGUACCCAUUUCACGUUUUACAACGGUUUUGCGCAGAUGUGGCAGGUGGGAACAGACUACAUUUUAAAAGAAAAAUGGCUACAUCCGCUUACCAGAGAGGGACUAGCGGGCGCCUGUCAAUGCUCGAAAAGUCUCUGGAGAGACGACGUGUGAACAAGGAACACAACAGCAACUUCCGAGCUGGUCAUGUGCCAGUACACGAAGACCACCUGCACAAGACGGGGCUUCGCGGGAGAAAGCGUUACUUUGCCUACUGCUUCCUUCUGUUAUUGUACGUCGCUGCUGUUGGCAACUUAGCAAUAACGGGCCUGAUGAUGUGGACCUUGCGCAUUGACAUGAACGGCUUACAGUCAUUUCAGUUUCUCAAGGGUGGGGCGGUGCGAUUCCUAGACGAGGUGGAUAUUGACAGCGUCGUCUCCUCACACGGAGAAAUUGGCGGCUACGUAGGGCAGGACCUGGAGAUAACGGGUCAAAGUUCAGCAGUGCAGGUGGUUGCGUAUGAGAAACCUGUUGCUUCAGUUGAAGUGAGUAGUGGAGAGACUGUCAUGCGAGGUCGCAAGGGGUUAAAGGUCGUCAAUCCGAGGUCAGGUGCAACGGUCUUCCACACCGACACCAGCAAGGAGGCGGUCUUGCCAGCACAAAUGAACACGAUGCAGUCCCCACUAAUCACCACGAACAGGAUUGUGAGCGACACGCAAGACGAUCUCACCGUAAGUUCUGAUGGGCUGGUGGAGUUUCUCAGCAGCGAUGUUCUAGAUUUGUCCUCUAAACAACUGCAGGCUGAGGCGAGAGACAUUCUCCUGACAUCGAGGUCAACACUCAUACUAGACAGCAGUGCAGGCACAUUCCUCAAUGCUACGUUGCUGCCCAAAGCCAGCACCAGUGUAGGCAACAGACCCAAAGCUUCCGUUUUCAAGCUGUGCGCGUGCAAGACUUCAGGCCGGAUAUUCCAAGUGAGGGUGCAAUCUAGCGUGCAACACCCGUGUGCUAAUUUGGCCAGUGACUUCAACCUGUGCACUUAACUGCUCACUGCCUGUGUUAAGGCCAGUUCAUACUCGAUGCGAAUGCAAACAUAAAUGUGAGGCACGUAUGUUCAUGCCCCUCACUUUAGUUGGUGUGCAUGCGCACUGAAUGCCACUACAGCGCCAGAAGCCAGUAAAAUGGGUCUUGACUCGGGCAGGUGGACCCCAAAAGUAAUCGAUCAACAUCAAGCUCAGA